AUGGCUAACCUAUUCUUGGUUCUUCUCACCCUAGUUGCUGUUACCUUGGCUGCGCCGCCUGCUCCCAUAGAAGACCGGGCAGUAGCACCUACUGUCGCUAUACCCUCCCCAGCAGCAACGGUUAUCGGCUCCUCAACAGGUAAACUAGAGUCAUUCAGCGGGAUACCUUUCGCCCAGCCUCCAGUUGGCAAUCUACGACUAAAGCCACCACAGCCACUCACAACUUCUCUCGGAACAGUGAAAGCUGUGGGAAUCCCCGCUGCUUGUCCCCAAUUCUUUUUUGAUAGCGACGCCGAAUUUCCAACUGGCGUUCUAGGAACUGUUUUGAACACUCCUGUAUUUCAAGCAGCAACCAAUGCCAAGGAAGACUGCUUGACGAUCAAUGUUAUCCGGCCCGCUGGAGUUGGAAAAGGCAGCAAGCUUCCCGUAUUGUUCUGGAUCUAUGGCGGGGGUUUCGAGCUCGGCUCAACUGCCAUGUAUGAUGGAUCCUCCCUUGUCCAGGAAUCUAUCGACACAAACAAGCCGAUCAUGUUUGUCGCCGUGAACUACCGGGUAGGCGGGUUUGGCUUCAUGCCAGGGGCAGAAAUCCUCAAGGACGGCUCAUCCAAUCUCGGAUUACUCGAUCAGAGGCUUGGGCUCCAUUGGACGGCCGAUAACAUUGCGGAGUUUGGUGGCGAUCCUGACAAAGUCACCCUAUGGGGAGAAUCAGCCGGAAGUAUCAGUAUACUUGAUCAUAUGGUCCUUUACGAUGGUGACAAUACGUACAAGGGCAAACAGCUUUUUCGUGCUUCAAUAAUGAACUCGGGUUCUAUAGUCCCGGCGGAUCCUGUUGAUUGCCCUAAAGGCCAAGUCGUUUAUGACGCAGUGGUCAAAGCUGCUGGCUGUGCUUCAGCAGCUUCUUCAUUAGACUGUCUAAGAACUGUCGACUACACAACGUUUCUGAACGCAGCCAAUUCUGUUCCUGGGCUUUUGGGAUAUAACUCAGUUGCUUUAUCAUAUCUUCCGCGUCCAGAUGGAGCUGUUCUCACCGCGUCACCCGAUGUUCUUAUUGGCGCCGGGAAGUAUACUAAAGUUCCAAUGAUUAUUGGUGACCAAGAAGAUGAGGGGACAAUCUUCGCACUCUUUCAAUCCAAUAUCACAACGACAGCCGGUAUCGUGGAAUACCUGUCAGAUGUGUUCUUCAGCAGUGCGACAACCGCCCAGCUUACAGGCCUAGUUGCAACGUAUCAAGACAUAUCUACUGAUGGAUCGCCAUUCCGGACAUUGUUUCUGAACAACUGGUAUCCCCAGUUCAAACGCCUUGCCGCCAUCCUAGGCGAUUUAACGUUCACACUUACGAGAAGAGUAUUCUUGAACGAGGUCAGCAACACCGUUCCAACGUGGUCAUAUCUAUCUUCGUAUGACUAUGGAACACCGAUCCUGGGCACAUUCCAUGGUAGCGAUAUUCUGCAAGUAUUCAACGGCAUUGUUCCUAAUUACGCGUCGAAAGCAAUCCGCAAUUACUAUUUCUCAUUCGUGUAUACCAUGGACCCCAAUGAUGGGUCCAGCUACAUGAAAUGGCCUCAAUGGAAAGAAUCCAAGCAGCUGAUGAACUUUUAUGCCACUGGUGCAGUCUUGAUUAAUGAUGAUUUCCGAGCGGACAGUUAUGAAUGGCUUCAAAACAACGUGGACAGUCUUCACAUUUGA